AUGGGCUUCAAAUCCACCCUGGCACGCUGCAUGCGAAAGGACCGUCUCUCCAAAAGACUCUCGGCAACAAGCACCAAGGUCCACGACGAAGACUCAAACGAUCUAAUCAAAACAACCUCCGAAACAGUCUCGACCCGCGCAAGCAUGGAGUCCACCUUAACCAUGGUGCACCACUCGUUCCACGAACCAGUCCUGCCAGGCGAGUCGCCGGCGAACCGCAUGCAGAUCAGGACAGAUAGUGGGAAUAUGCGGACGUUAUUUGAUGAAGACACUACUUCCAACCAACCGACAGACCGCGCUACCAAGGCGCUGUCUAGACCCGCAUAUCCGAUUUUGAAAUUGGAUUGUCGGUCGCCUGUCGAUGCACCGAGGAGGGUGUUGCAGGAGCCUUGGGAGAUGUCAACAGAUGGGAAUAGGAGCAAAACCCCGGUGAUUGCUGGUUAUCCCGGAAAGGGUGCUUCGGGCUUUUCGUCUAAGACAACGGCCCAGGAGGGUCUUUCGCCCACUGAGAAAGUUGUGGCCGAGAAGAAGGAUAAGAGGUCUAUGGCGGCUUUGCUGAAAAGACAUUGUGGAUUGAACAUCCCGCGCUCGUCGAUUUCAAUUAAGGCUUCGCGCGAUCUUCAGUCGCCGAAGUGGUUGGAUUCUGCUGGGGUUACGGAGGAGGAGGCUUUGGUGGAUAAGCAGGAUGGGAAGUGGGUGGAGGUGGAUUUGCAUGAUGAGAGGAGGAGGAAUAGUGUCUGGGGUGGUGUUGCGCUUGGGAGACUUUGGUAA